AUGGAUAUCAACGUUAUUUCUCCAGACGAGAGUAUUAGAAAAAUUGAAGACAUUAUUGAUAUACAGAAAGCAAAUGGAAAUUUCAGUGUUCGGCAAGUAGCCUUCAACCUUCCCUCCGAGUCGGCAAGCUCAGUUUCAGCAAAUGUAGCCAAAAGCUUAGAAUCAGGUUUAACUAAAACCAAAUCGGACAGUGACAGUAAGAAGAAGUUGAAGAAAUUACGUUCAAAACGCCAUAAGAGUCCUUUACCAGACGUUAUAUCCUGGCCGAGUGACUCGGAUAUAACGGUACUCAGAAUGAAACUAUGUUUGACUAGUAGUGAUAUGAAGGAAAAGGUGGGUAAUAUAAUUCCUGGAGAUGGUCUUCACCAGCCAGACAGCUCAUCCAUGGUAAAUUUGGCGACAUUGAUCCGACAGUCUCAGCCACCAUCUAAACAUAACGUUCAUAUGGAAGAAUAUCUUAUGCCACUGACGUCUUGGGAGAGGGAGCAAGAGCACGAACCCGAGAAAGAGGAACCAAUUGUUGAAGAAGAACAAGUAGACGACUUUUCUGCGAAAUGUUUGCACGAGUAUAGUGUUUUCGAACCUAGAUGUAGUCAUGAGCUUAAUGAUCAUUUAAGUUCUAAAGACAGUCAGUCUGGGUACUCAAAGAUCACGAAGAAAUCAAAGUUCGCUCGGUUCCUGCGUCUGUACUUCUGUCCGUGUUGCACCUGCCUCUAUAGACUGGAGAAAAUGCGAGAUGAACCUUCAGAAUACUUUACGAAACGCAAAGAAGUAUAUUAA